AGAGCAGAGAGGUGUGGUUUGGGAGACCAUUUGGGGGGACCCUCAGAGGCUGAACUGUGAGUACUUGAAAGAAGGAUCCUGGACUAUAUUGAAACUUAAAAGGUGCAGCAGAAGCAUCCUGUAUGCAUGUGUGUUAGUGUGUGCAUAUAUGUGUGUGUUUGUCCAUGUGAGUAAAAAGAUAGUUGGCAAGAGUCUGACCGCAAGUGUGUGUGAGUGUGAGGGGGACCAUGGCGGGUUUUGGGAACAGCUUGAUGCUGAAACGCGGCCUGACCUUUGCUACGGGCCUGUUGGAGUGUCUGUGUUUCGCUGGAGCUGUGUUUGGGUGGGCAUCGCUUGUGUUUCUCCUGAAAUCAGAGGGCUACUUCAGUUCCCUGUGCGUCAACACCACAGGAGUCAAUGGAACGCAGGUCCUAGAUUGCAGUGGACAAGAUGAGCAGUUCUCACUUGUUUUCACCAUCGCCUCCUUUAUGAACAAUUUCCUGACGCUACCCAAUGGCUUCCUCUUUGAUCGCUUUGGAACCACAGUAGCUCGCAUUUUUGGAAUAUUGCUUUACACCAUGGGUACCUUGCUGGUGGCUUUCGCGACCCCAGCCUUGUCCAACCUGCUCUUCCCAGCUCUCUCUCUCCUGGCAGUGGGCGGCAUGUUGUUUCUAGUCACCAACAUGCAGGUGGGAAACUUGUUUGGCGCACAUCGCUCCACCAUCAUCACCCUCUACAACGGGGCCUUCGACUCCUCCUCAGCACUCUUCCUUGUCAUCAAGUUGUUGCAUGAGGCGGGGGUCUCCCUCCAAGCCUCCUUCCUCUUUCUGUCGGCCUGCGGGGUUGUUCACUUGCUCAGGACUUUCUUCCUACUGCCCAGAAAGUCCAUCCCCUACCCGCUCCCUGAUCACUUCACUUAUGGAAUAACUUGUGGAGAAUCAAAGAGUUCAGAGCUGAACACAGCGAAUGGUAACGCCCGCAGGACUAUCGAGGAAAAGCCAGUCAACAAGGACAUAAAUGUGAAACAAGAGAAGAGUUUCCGGGAAUGCUUCCUGUCCAGGUUCUUUUUGUGGCACCUGCUUUGGUUGUCAGUGAUGCAGCUCAGGCAUUACCUGUUCAUUGGCACCCUCAACCCCAUGCUGCAGCGUCUGACUGCAGGAGAGCCUUCACUGGUGAGCCAGUACAUCAAUGCUUUCGCUAUAACACAGCUGUGCGGCGUGCUUUGUGCUCCCUGGAAUGGCCUCCUCAUGGACAGACACAAGGGAAAACCUCUUGCAGCAGGCGAGAGUGAGCAAGAAGCCGACCUGCGCUCCUCUGUGCUCUCUCUCUUCCUUACGGCACUGCAGUGUCUGAUGUUCUCCAUCUGUGCCACCACUCCGUACCUGCCCCUCCAGUACAUCACCUUCAUCCUGCAGGUGCUCAACCGCUCCUUCCUCUACGGAGGAAACGCUGCCUUCAUCAGUGUGGCUUUCCCUUCAUGCCACUUUGGAAAGCUGUACGGUCUAGUCAUGGCUCUGUCUGCAGUGUUUUCGGUGCUGCAGUAUCCGUGCUUUGCUCUGGUGAAAGGAGCUCUGGGUGGAGACCCUUUAUAUGUGAACAUAGGCCUGACUCUGCUCAGCCUGCUAGCCUUCAUCCAUCCCCUCUCUGUCUACCUGCACUGUCGCGGUCUGGCCUCCCAGCGGGCCAAGACCAAAGUCAUCAAUUAAAGUCCCCAACACGAGAGCAACGACUCACACUCAAAAUCUACCUAUGAUAUGAUUACCUCUUCAGUUGGUUUGAUUUAUAAGGUCUGAUGGCUGUGUUGGAUUGCCAAAUGUAUCCCUUGUGCUCAGGGACCAUAUACUCACAGCACAUUCACACCUUUGAAGCACGAUUACAGACAGAAUGUGACCAUUAAAAAAAAGAUGUGCUGCCAUCGACGCUCCUCAGUAAACUUCACCUCUUGAUAUUUCCAGGAUGCAUCAUUUUGUUUUCACCAAGUGAUGUUAGAGUGUCAGCUGUUGCUCCUCCAGACAUGAGCUGAGGCUCAAGGUGCUCUUUAUGAAACCAUACUUGAUACAACAGUUAGCUUUGUCUGUGUUGUUUACAGUUUCAUCCACCUGCUCUUACUCUAUUUGUAUAAAUGUUACUUGUCUUGCAUUUCUUGUUUUAUGCAUAAGUAUAAUUUGACAUGUCUAUUCUUCUGUCUUAUUCUUAUUUCUUACAUUUCUGUAUAUCACUGGCCAACUAUUACACCAUUGUUAUGGUGGGGCAAGACCCGAGUGGUGAUACAAACACCUGCUGAUGUGUCACAGAAAACCUUUAAGCGAUGACACUUUCUUUUCUGAAGCAUUUUCAUAGUUCAUAAUUAAUUUUCGGAAAGAUCUUGUGAACAAUUGAUUCUCACUUUUCAAAUCUGCACCAUGAUUUCAAUAUUUUUGCUUCCUUGUGACACCACAAUUAUUUUGUUAAAAAAUGCUGUACAUUUAGGUUUCAUGGACAGGUCCUCUGUGGUUGAAACAAACGCUGGAAGUUAAUUUUAAUCAAAUAAAUCCUAUCAGUAAACACGAAA